AUGGCAGAAGCUUUCCUGGGACUUGUCAUAUCACUACAGCUACACUCUGGGCUCAAGCUCACUGGCACCGUCGCACACAUUGAACCAACCACACAGCAGAUGACACUUAAAGAGGCUCAACUCCUGUUCCCCGGACAGCCGCCUCAUUUCACUUCUGUGUACGGUGUUUCUGGCAAAGAUAUUGCCGAUCUUCAAGUUGUGUCAAAGCCGGCGAACGAUCAGCAAUCCAAGACAGCAACAACCAAUGGCUCGAGUAAAAAGCAACAGACUUCAACAACUACAACAGCAACUCAUGAGCGGGUCUCCAAUGAAAACAACCAACGUCCUCGUCAAAAGAAAAACAACACACCCAAGCGAUCUUCUUCAAGUCGAAAAGCACGUCAACAGCAACAACAGCAACACAAUGGCAAAGGCGUGAGCAGUAAUGGUUGGGCUGAUGAAGAUGUGGAUGGCUUCAAGGAAAAGGAGUUUGAUUUUCAAGCGAAUUUGAGCAUGUUUGACAAGGAAAAGGUGUUUGCCGAGAUAAGGGAAUUGGAUGAGACGGCUCCCGAGACGUUGUUAGUGACAUUGAAUCGAUUACCACGCAAACCCGAUGUUGCAAGAACCAAAUUGCUUCCAACAGAAAAUGUGCUUGACAAUGAGAGGGAAAGUAUUGGCGAGGAGAGCGAUACCGAAUCUUCAACAACGGAUGAGAGGAAACUUGUCAAUGGCAACAAUCACGGCAAACACCUUACACCUUCCAUACGGACAUUGGAUACACAUAUCAGCUGCAUCCCUGUGUCACCAUUGCAGAUGGCCCAUGCAGAGCAUGAAUGCAUCAAAACCGGUCCUUCCGAAGUCCAAUUGAUUGAAAAUGGAGGUCGAGGUGUAUGUGCAUUGACAUUACAACUCAUUGGUGGUAGCCGGCGAAUACAAUCCGAUGAUAUCCCUGUCAUCAUCAUGCUCACAGGCAAUAACAAGAUUGGUGCUUAUGGUAUGGCCGCUGCAAGACACUUAAUCAAUCAUGGAUGUCACGUUGUGGUAUGUGCAAGUGAAAAGAGACAAGGUUUAGGCGAUGCUAUCGCUCAGCAAGAAGCCAUGUUCGAACAUGUGGGUGGCAAGAUUGUAUAUGACAUUCAAGAAUUGAGCCAAUGGUCAGCAGACUUGAUUGUAGAUGCCAUGGUUGGAUCACAACACAAUGUGUUGGAGAAUGAUGAUGAUCAACAAGAAUACGAAUCCUUAUGCAAGAUGAUUCAAUGGACAAGCGAACAAUCUUCACCUGUGCUCAGCAUUGAUUUUCCCAGUGCCCUUGGGGAAGCUAGAGAAUACUGCAUUCAUCCUCGAUGGACUGUGUGCUUGGGAGCUCCAAAGACAGGGUGCUUGUCGAGUCAAGUGACAGGAACAUUGUAUAUAGCAGACAUUGGUAUACCCAAAACAUGUUGGAAGCGAGCAGGUGUCAAAGGAUGGAGUGCACCUUGGGGAGCCGAUUUCGUGGUAGCUCUAGAAUACGUCUGUUAA